AUAAUAAACCAAAGCAAGAAAACGGACCCAAGCGAAUCUCGCAGAGCAGAGAGGAGGAGGAAGAAGAAGGAAGACUGAAUCGGGAAACCGUUAGAGGAAAGAGCAAGAGAUCUCUCUCACAGAGAUGGAGCGCCGGCAGCGGCGGUAACAGUUCUUUCAGUGGAGGUGGUAGCUUAAAUAAUCAAGAACCUGCGAAGACUCCUCUGCAUUUUGUCUACUAUCUUCGAAAACCUCUUGCAACAUCCUCUUGAUUUGGUUUCCUUUUUACCUAAACAUUCCGUCCUCUUCAUUAUUCAUCCAUGCGGCGAGGCAGAGAUAUGGAUCCACUGAUGGCGGCAGAAACAGUCCAAGGACCUGGUAAAGAAGUGCGAUUCAGAGGCGUCCGGAAGCGUCCAUGGGGACGAUACGCCGCCGAGAUUAGAGAUCCCUGGAAGAAGACUCGAGUUUGGCUCGGCACCUUCGAUACGGCGGAGGAUGCUGCCAGAGCUUACGACGAGGCUGCUCUCUCUCUCCGGGGACCGAAGGCGAAAACGAACUUCCCGUUGCAUCCAUCCACUAUCUCUGUUCAUCAGAAAAUUCCGUUCUCGCAGGAGUUUCAUGAUUCCACCGGACUCUGCAAGAUUAGUGACUUUCCAGUCAAUAGACCUACAUCGAGUAGCCUGAGCUCCACCGUGGAGUCUUUUAGCGGGCCGCGGGUUUCGAUUCCAGCUCCAUCGGUUCCGAAAAUCUGCCGGCAGUCCCUGCCGCUGGUCUCGCCCGACGAUUGCCAUAGCGACUGUGAUUCGUCGUCCUCGGUUGUUGAUGAUAGUGAGGAAUAUGCUCACACAUCGUCAAUUCGCAGAGUUUUGCCGUUCGAUCUGAAUCUACCUCCUCCACUGCCGCUGCUGCACGACGUCGAUUUAUCCGGUGAUGAUCUUCAUGCUACUGCCCUGUGUUUUUUAUAAUAUUCUGCUUCUCAAUUACAAUACCAAAUGGUUUAUUCUUAUCCCACGCAUUUCCGUUAUCUAUCUAAUUUUCCUAUCGAUUGAGCAGAACUUAAAUGGAAACUGUCUCAACAUGCUUAUUGAAUGAGAAAAAGUUGCUUCUCUACUCCUUAAUUUCGUAGUUCAUGGUGUAGAUUAGUAUCUGAAUUUUACCAACACAAGGCCUCUGAAUCUUGGCUGUAUCUCUUUGUUGUUAAAGAAAAGGGAAGAAAUCCAUGGAUAUUGCAAAGGUUCUG